AUGUUCUUCUCCCGCCGUCUACCGGCAGCUCCGGACGAAAUCUAUUCGUCCUGUCUUGCGACUCUCUACGAGGGUCAUGCUAUGUGGUAUCCAGAGCCGCAUGUGUCGGGUGAACCGCAGAUUGGAGACGUCGGCUUCAUACGCAAGGGCGCAUUCGUCAGACUCUUCAACCUCGACACCUCUGCACCUGAGAAGAGAGUCGCACUCUGGAAUCCACCGUUCGAGGUCACAGAGGACUUGCCUCCAAGCCUGUUUAUGAUCGAUCCUAGGCGUUGUCCUCUCGUUCCCGCCCACUAUCCCAGUCAUGGAGUCGAGGUGAGGCAGAGGGGUGCCUCGGUAGACAUAACGGCUGCCAUCAAUGUAUCUGCGACUCUGGGUGCAGAGUACACCUGCAAGGCGGCCCAAGGAGCGGUGCUUGAGUUGAAUAGCGAAGCGGACGCCGAAUCGAUAUACGAGAAGGUGUCCUUGAAGGAAUACAUUAUCCGACAUCACAACGAAUGGUACGCAUAUGCCAAAGAUGUCCUCGACCUCGAUAUCCAGAGAGAAAGUAUUGUCGUGGUUAUCGGUUGGGUCAAGACCGAAGCCGACUGGGCGACAGUUGCCUUCGGCAACACGAGCACAAGUUCCAGUGUAUCGCUGGAGGGCCGUGCGGCCGGUGUUGUGGGGGCAGGUGUAGGCACGUCACGCUCUAGUUCUACGACUGGUCCGACGAUGAGAAGGCAGGGUAAAGACUACUCUGCGAGUGCACCUGAUUCCGCUAGAGACCAGUCCGUCUUCCUGAAGCGCCUCAAGAUGAAAAAGCGGUUUGGAUUGCUGAAGGAAAUUGUCGCCGGCGCGGGCUACCACCGGCUUCCGGACAGGGGAGAUGGGAGAGGCGGAUCGGCGGCGGAAGGGAUCGCGGCGCGAGAGGGAGAUGUGGAAGACAUCGACGAGGCGAGCAUUAUAGAGCUUGGCAGUGAGGGCGAAGUUCCUGAUCCGUUAGAUGUCCUUCUCAACUACAUACUUGAGGGCGGCAAGUCAGUGGUCGACUUCGCAAGUUACCUUCGUCGAGUGCAACCUCCGGUGCAGGUCGAUGACACGUGUGAGUCUCUCAUCUACCGGCAGUAA